UCACGAGCGGAAGUGACGCGCAGAACCGAGGAGGUCAACUUGUGCUUCGCGGACGUCUCGCUAUUUGAACCAAACACAUUCUCUACGGAGUCGUAAAACAAGGUGUGGACGCUUCAACAGACGCGGAGUUGGUCCGUAAGCUGAGCAGAUUUGACGCCGUGAGGUGCGCACGGGAGACAACAUUCAAACGUGCGGCUCCUCCCCCCGUCAUGGUGAAGAGGAAACGGAUCCGUGCCAUUGCCGAAAUGGCGCGGAAGGUUCGAGCAUACCGGGAGCUGAAGAGCCGCCCCCGGGACUCUGAGAAAUACGCCCUAGACUAUGAGAGCAUGCGGCGGCCACUGAGCGGCGGCAGGCUGCCUGUGCUGGCCUGGCAGGACGUGCGGCGAGAGUGUCGCCUCUUCUCUCUCAUGGCCGGCAUGCGCAUGUUUGGCGUGGGCCGCCUCUUCACCCGAAAGUCCUGGCUGGAGGAGCACAGCGAGCCAUGCUACUGGCAGAUCACCCGGGUCCGAGUGGACUACACGGCCGAGAACAUGGAUCACGGCAAGGCCUGGGGCGUCCUCACCUUCAGAGGGAAACAGGAAGAGGAUGUGAAGGAGGUGGACAAGGUCAUGUACCACGACUGGCGCGUCGUCCCCAAACACAUGGAGCAGACGUUCCGGGACUUCCAGCCGCUCCCUGACCCCGCCCCUCGCUACAUCCACUACCCCCCGCUGCUGCGUGCCAUGCUGCUAGCCCAGCUCAAGAAGGCAGGGAAGCCCGUCCAGGAGCCACUGUUGGCCCUGCAGCUGGAUGCCGGCGCCCCCCAGGGGCAGAGCUCAGGAGCAGAGGGCAUGGCCGUGUGACCACCUGGGGCAGAGCACAGACCUGUGCAGACGCAUCUCCAUCGAAGCUUGCUGUUGUGUGGAGUCAUGUGAUCAGCGCCGUGGCAUCAUUGACGUGUGGGAACGAUCAAGUGCAUCAAAGCAGGCGAGACCUUCAGCAACCAUGAGCCCUUUUUCUCCACUUUUCCUUUGAUACUGUUGAAAUCAAAUCUGAAUGAAUGGAAGAAUGUGUGGAGAAUAAAAAGCAAUGCUGCUCCCGUGGCUACAUUCUUCUUUCAA